GGCUGGGGGGCGGGGCGGGGCGGAGCGAGAUCUGCGGGAUUCCGGCUUCAGGGGUGGGGCCCCGGCCUCUGGGCGGAGAUCUGCUGCCGCGUUCCACCCUUCCGGCCCGGUGUUCUAUCCACCGCCUCCACCUUCCAUCCGGCGCCGGCUUUCGGCGCGACGGUCGCCGCGUUCCAUCGUCGCGCGGCCCUUCGGGCGCCCGAGCCCGCAAUGUCGGGCCCCAACGGGGACCUGGGGAUGCCGGUGGAGGCGGGAGCGGAAGGCGAGGAGGAUGGCUUCGGGGAAGCAGAAUACGCUGCCAUCAACUCCAUGCUGGACCAGAUCAACUCCUGUCUGGACCACCUGGAGGAGAAGAACGACCACCUCCACGCCCGCCUCCAGGAGCUGCUGGAGUCCAACCGGCAGACACGCCUGGAGUUCCAGCAGCAGCUCGGGGAGGCCCCCAGUGAUGCCAGCCCCUAGGCUCCGAGAGCCCCCACCCGGGACCCAACCCUGCCUCCCUGGGCUAGGCUCUGGCCUGGGUAUUCACCUCCUGGCUUAGACACCUUCUCAAGGGCUGGUCUUCAGGGUCCCCUGGUGGGUCUGCCUACCUGGACCACCCUUCCUGCCUGGGCCUCCCCUUGGCCUACCUGGGCCAGCCCCCACUGCCUGGCAUCCCCUCCUGGGGCCAAGAGUGGGGCUUGCAACCCACCCACUUGCCUGCCCACCCAACUCCUGGGCACUCUCCACUCUGCCCAGGCCUUGAGUGUCCACAUUAAAUGGGUCUCCCACACCA